UGUCUCUUUUCCGUGUUCAUAACGUAAAUAUGACACCUUCCUCGAACCCUUCACACGCGUAAGAGCACCUUUACGCGCUCGUGCGCUCGUGAGGAUAUUUUCACCUUCAACAAAGAAUCGUGCCAAACGUUUGUUGAAUUAUUUUCCUCAUAGCCAAAGUGGCUCCACGCAUGCAGAACUAAAUAAUAGGUUAACGUUUCCAAAUCAGCCAUAAUCAGAUAAAUGGACACAGCAGUUUUCUGCUCCGGGUUCUUUAUUAAAUCAUGAAUUUGCAGCCCAUGUUGUUCUGACCAAAGAAUUAUUGAAACAUAUAAGGUUAACACAGAUGGGGCUUGUGUACAGACAGAAAUUAUAUCCCGGAUUGACCACAUCCUAGAGGGUCUGUGUGUGUGUUUGUGUGUGUGUUGCAAAAAAAAAGACACUGUGUGUUUAUAAGGGAGUGUGUGACAGGGAGGGGGCGCUCUGGGCCUUGAAAUCCAAAGGACGCUGCGCGCCCUGCUUCAGUUGAGUGAGUUGGAGGUGCACGGCGCACAGGAGUCUGCUGGUUUGGUUUCGGGUCCGACUCUCCAAAGUUUCCACGUUUCUCUCUCCUUCUGGAUGAACCCUGAGCGCGCGAACACGGCGGUGAUCAGUGGGAGGAAAAGCGAUGGCCUGCAGUGCGAACUGGCACAGACUGCUUUUAUCAAAGUUAUCACUUUUGUAGACACAGGUUCGGAAGAGCGCGCCCAGCUCAGCUCUGAGACCCAGCGACAGGUCACCUCUUCUGCGACGCCUGCUGAGUCCUCCCCGCUCCAGCAGCCUUGUCCCGGCCGCAGGCACGCCGACACACAACCCCGGACACCCAGCACCAUUCAGCGCGUAGCUCCUUCGCCAGACAUGCCCUGUGUGCAGGCUCAGUACGGGCCGGCCCCUCCAGGCUCUGCCUACUCUGGCCAGUCCUUCAGUUACCAGGGUGACAGUUACAGCUCUGACCUAAUGACCCCUGACUACACCAAGCUGGACCUGGGCGGGGGUGAAAUCUCCGCUGCUGCCACCACUUCCCUCCCCAGCUUCAAUGUCUUUGUGGAGGGAAGCUACGAGCCCAAGUCUUCUUGCCUCUACCAGAUGCCUACACACAGGCCCAACAUCAAAAAAGAGGAGGACAGCUACCCGACGGCUCCGCCACUGGACGCCCUGUCCUCCUCCACUAUGUACUUUAAACAGUCUCCCCCCUCCACUCCCACGACACCAUCUCUGCCUCCCCAGCCUGGCUCCUCUUUUCUGUGGGAGGAGCACUCCUUGCCUCCACCGUCACAUCCCCACUCUCUGGGCUCUAGCCUGGAGACGGGGCCCCUCAAGUCUCCCCGUUUUUCUCACUUCUACCAGCAUUCGCCACCACACAGUGGAGGCAGCGUCAGCGGCUAUGAAAGUCUGGGAGGAGGCCUGGUGCGAACCUCCUCUUCUUCCUCCUCCUCUUCAUCCUCAAUCUCUCAUCCUCAUGGUCCACCUCUGGAUCAGCCCAUGUACCAGCUGCACCGUGGGGCCGGGGGCAGCAGCCUGGCCUUCCGCUCCCUGGCUCUCGGGCCCUGUGGCCCCCUACUAGGAGACAACCUGCCCUCUCCCCCUCCACGUGGCCCUCAAGGAGAAGGCACCUGUGCAGUGUGUGGGGACAAUGCUGCCUGCCAGCACUACGGUGUACGCACUUGUGAGGGCUGCAAAGGCUUCUUCAAGCGCACCGUGCAGAAAAACGCCAAGUAUGUGUGUUUGGCCAGUAAGAACUGUCCUGUGGACAAGAGGAGACGCAACCGCUGCCAGUACUGCCGCUUCCAGAAGUGUCUCAGUGUGGGCAUGGUGAAGGAAGUGGUGCGCACUGACAGCUUGAAGGGGCGCAGAGGUCGUCUUCCUUCCAAACCAAAGAGCCCACUGCAGACAGAAGCAUCUCCACCUUCUCCACCUCUCACCCUGCUCUCCGCUCUGCUCAGGGCGUACUCCCACUGCACACCCCGUGACUUCGACUACAGCCAGUUCAGUGCUGCCGACCCUCCCUCCUCCACUUCAGACGCUGAGCACAUCCAGCUCUUCUACAGGCUGCUCACCAUCUCAAUGGAGACCACGCGGUGCUGGGCAGAGCGGCUGCCCGGCUUCUCCGAACUCCAUCGCGAAGAUCAGAACCUGCUCAUAGACUCUGCCUUUCUGGAGCUGUUUGUCCUGCGACUUGCUCACAGGUCAGUGUUGUCAGAGGACAAACUAGUGUUCUGUAACGGCUUGGUGCUGCACAGGUUCCAGUGCCUUCGCGGGUUCGGAGAGUGGCUGGAUUCCAUCCGGGAUUUCUCCACUCAUCUCCAGAGCCUAAACCUGGACACCUCUGCCUUCGCAUGCUUGGCUGCCCUCGUUCUGCUCACAGAGCAAGUCCCGGGUCUGAAGGACUCAAAGCGGGUUGAGGAGCUGCAGAAUAAGGUGAUUUCUUGUCUCAGAGACCAUCUGGGUUGCGGCCCCUCUUCCUCUUCGUCUAAGGCUGCACCCCCUCUGAGUUGUAUUCUGGGUUUAAGGGCAGAGCUUCGUUCCCAGAGAACCCAAGGCCUUCAACGAAUCUUCUACUUGAAGCUGGAGGAUCUGGUUCCACCUCCGCCGCUGAUCGACAGAUUCCUGGACACUUUGCCCUACUGACAGCCCAGUAUGAGCACACAGAGGAAAACCCACAUAUUGUCCUGUUCAGGCCUUUUUCCCUGUCCUGAGGAGCAUGCACACUUAUCCAGAUGAGAGACUCAUUCCCCUCUGACUGAUGCAGAUCAGAGAGAGCCAAUCAGAUGCUUUUUGCUCUUCAGGACAACCAAUCGAGAACUUCUUUUCACGCAGACAAACAGCCAACCAAAUGCUUUUCACUGGUAAAAGACAAUUACUCACAUUUUAUUAUAUCCUCCUGUUUUUUCUCACAUGGGGGAGGACGACCUUGUUGAGAUGGACAAUGGUAAAAAUGACUUUUAUUUUCCUCUCUGUAUCUGAGUGGCAGCUCAUCCGGCACUGAAAAAGAAAGAACCGCAUGGUUUAUGAGAACUGUUUAUCUGUGCUGUGGCCUGGUUCGACCACUCUGAGGACUUUUUUUGGUAAAGAUCAUAUGUGACCAAUGUGACCAUGUGAUCAACGUUGAAGAUGUCCCAGUGAAACACAACUUGCGGUGCAUUCUACUUCCUUCUGAAAGGAGGAAUAGGUCGUUUUACAUACUGAAAUGUACUAAAACAGGUCAGACAUUGUGAACGUAGACAUGCAGAAACAUCAUAAAGCAAGACGCAGAUAUUUCAUGAACGCGUGGAAGUAACUGUUGAGUAGAGCUCUUGAUUCCAAGUGCAAUUUCAUAAGUGCUAUCUCACCACGAAAGGAAGAGACAGAGAAGGAAUAGUUCAAAUUCAAACUCUAAAUUAUUUUAAUACAAAGACUUGUCCUGUACUGUCUGUAGCGAAAAGAAAAGAUGAGACAGUCUCCUUGCAACUUUAGAGAGCAGAGGAGAUACUGUGCACUAACAAUUGAUGACUAAGUCACUCAGACUUGAACUUGUUUGUUUUUUUUAUAUCAAUUCAUUUUGAACUCAUAGGUCAAGUAGGAGUGUGGAGGAAUAAACAUGGAGAGAAAUUGGCUUUUGAAGCACUUACACCCUGAGAAGAGCUAGAGGCACAGACACACACCCUACCUGCUCACCUGGAGGACGGUGGAGAGACCAGGAGAGAGGAGGGUGCUCGACAGAUAGCUGUACGUCAAGGGGUGGAACAUUCCGCAGUCAUGCUCUUUUUUUCUAUUUGUUUCUAUUGAUGAGCUCUUGUGAGAGCAAUGAGGAUACGGUUGCAUACUGUCUUUGUUUGUAUACGCUUAGAAAAGCCAGGAUCAUAUGCAUGGUGUGUUAAAAGCUGUCAAGAGCUGCCAUAGCUUGGUGAAACAGCUCGACCUGUGUUUGUGUAUCAGACUGCGGCUCAACGGGGAUGUCCCCCCAGGCCUCCACAACCUACUCACACACUCACAGCAGCAGUUUGACAUAUGAAAAAAAAAAAGCAAAUUAUAUAGAUAUAAAUAAAAAUAUAAAUAUAUAAAUAUAUACAAAUCUAAUAUUUUGAAGUGUUUUUAGCUUUUUCAAAUAUUGUGGUACAAGUUGUGCAUUGUUUUUUGAAGAAGAGAAACAAAAAAGAAAAAAAGUUGCUGUUUUUUUCAAUGUCCCUCUUUGGUUUGAGUUUCCUGUUUGUUCUCUCUCUUUGGUUCACUGGAUUUUAUGUUCAGCACUUUGAAAUCAUAAACUAGUUCUGAUUAAUCUGAACGACUGUGUGCUGUGUUUUGAUUCUUGAAAACAACUGUUUCGUGCAAAUGAUUCCUUUGAAGAGCGCAAAGCACCAGAGUUGAUAUUCACGGUGCUUGCAUGUGUGCAUGUGUGUGGCCAGACACAAAAGCCUCUUGGCAGGUAAAAGGCUUCAUCUCUCUCCCAAGGGACCACUGGGCUCUCACAGAGAGUGGGGGAUUAAGAGGCAGAGUCGGGCGAGGAAGCCAAGAGAUUCAUGUUAGCAUGAGGUCCAGAUCAGCCUCCAGCCUCGUUAAACACCAUCGAUCGCCAUGGUGACAUUUCACAGCACAUGCCAUCCAUACUGUCACUGCCAUCACUCACUUGCCCUCCCGCGCAACAGCAU